AUGAUGAUCCCUGUUGAUGUAGUCGACACCGGUGCUUACGCCCUCCUGUUCGAGCAUGGCUCUGACGAGGUGGGAACAGCUCUCGUGUCUGAAUCUGGCGAUGUUUUGGUGGGCACAAGUGAGGAAGGAGACGAGGAGGAGGAAGAAGAAGAAGAAGAGGAAGAUUCUGAAUCAGCGACGGCAGCGCAGUGGGGGAACGCGAUCUUGGCCACGGUUAUUGUAUCCCUCUGCAGCUUCACCGGCAUCUUGACGAUCAUCAACCAGAAGGUGGCAAACGCCAUCGGCCUCUCGCACACUUUCACCUUCGCGUCCGGCGCGCUCCUCACCGCCUCCUUGUUGCACAUCGUCCCCGAGUCGCUCGAGGGCAUCGCGGCGGAGUACGACCACCUCCAUGACGCUGGGCUAUGGGCUGGCCUCGCCAUCCUCGGCGGGAUCGGGUUCAGCAUCCUCAUCCACGCCCUAUUGGAGUCCGGCCACGGCCACGGCCACGGCCACGGCCCCACCGAGACCAUUCAGGCGGCGACGGCGGCCGUCGGAGACGGGCCGGCGCCAGCGGGUACGGCGCCGCUCGCGCUCACGGACAAGGAGAGGUCGCUGUUCGACCUGAAGGGCCUGAAGCCGGUGUGCUGGAAUGUGAUCGCCGGUGAGCUGGUGCACAACUUCGCGGACGGCGUGACCAUCGGAGCGGCGUUCCUGACCUGCGGGUCUUCGAUGGGCUGGACCAUCACGGCGUCCACUGUGCUUCACGAGAUCCCCCAGGAGCUGGCCGACUUCAUAGCGCUCCUCGCCGGGGGCAUGAGCCUCAAGCAGGCGUUCCUGUUCAACUUCUUGUCGGCCCUGACUUGCGUCCUGGGCGCGGUUGUCAUCCUUUCCCUGAGGAGCCAACUCAGCGACGCAGACGUCUCGGUCAUUCUCCUAUUGGGUUCCGGGUCCUUCAUCUUCAUCGCCCUGACCGAGCUGCUGCCUGGAGCCCUCGAGGUGACCAAGGCCGAAAGCGACAAGGCUGGGGGCGCCGUGAUGUGCAACCAGAUGAAGAAGCUCGGGUCGUUCGUGCUCGGCGCAGCCCUGAUCGGGGGCGCUCUCAUCUUCGACCAGCACUGCGAAGCAGAGGGUCACGACCACUGAGGUCACGAAGACCUUCGUAGUUCCGAAGCUAUUGGGCUUGAAUGAAGUCUGCCUGGCGAUGCGACCAAAUGCCGGCUUGCGUGGCAUAUGUAGCUCGAGCAAUUGUUCGUGUUUUUUCAGGCGCAAACGUUUCCGUUCGAGGAUUGCUGUUGUCCUGUUGCGGUGGAACGUAGGUCUGUCAACGUGAGAGCAACCCCUCAGUUUUCGGUCAGGAUUUGUUGUUGUCAUUUGCUCUCUCCGUGUAGGUGCAUAUCUGACUUGCGGUGCCCAUUGCGACCAACGGCCUGUCGUGUUGACAUAAAUUUCCAUUAUCUCGAUGCCGACGAUAUAGUAUGGGUCGAAUACCUCGUCCAAGUAGUGUGUUCAUGGAGAGUCGUUCGAGUACACACAACCGUCGAUACAAUUGGCCCCGCCCCGCUCGAAUGUGUGUAAGAAUAGGAGAAGUACAGCGAGGGAGAGGGUUGGUAGGAGAGGGAAAAGAGAGAGAGAGAGAGCGAUCGAGAGGAGAGAUGAGGAGUUGUGACAGACUAAGGUAAAAACAUACACGUGAUGUUUCGUUGAUGAAAUAUGUAACAAGUACCCUAUUUCCGUAAUAAAGAUGCGUGCGUGUACAGCGAGAGCUGGUUAGGUAGUGACGCACGCAAACGCGUUGAGUGGGUUCACUAAGUAUGGGCAACUGUCUCCCAUGUG